AUGUAUGGGAGGACGCUUAAUUGGGUGCAACGUGUACCUUUUGGAUUGUACAUCAAGCAUGGUCCAGGCAAGUUUGUACCGAGCGGGGAAGGGCCUGCGUUGAGGCUUGUUGAGCAGUACACAAAAGUUGCAGCUCCGAGGCUUAUAGACUUGCUUACAACUGAGAGCGAGACCUAUCUCGUGAUGACUCGCGUACCAGGGACUCCACUAGAAGAGGCUAUUCAGAGCGACUCGUACGCGGAACGGUCGCAACUAGCAGCUGAUAUACGGAGCUGCGUCACCCAAUUUCACCAAAUCCCAAACCCUAACAGCGCAGCUAUCUGUAGUGCAGUUGGCGGUCCGGCAUUCGACUAUCGACUCGGAGACCCAGCAGGGCCAUUUGACAGCGAGAGCUUUUAA